GCCUUCUCUCGUCUGCGCGCGCGGCCUCUCCCACUCACUACUUGCAAGUGCAGUGCAGAGGCAGAUAUUUCUUUUGCGCGGUAAGGCAUGGCCCGCCACUUCGUCCUCAACACCGGCGCCAAGAUCCCGUCGGUCGGGCUCGGCACCUGGCAGGCCGCCCCCGGCGUCGUCGGCGACGCCGUGUACGCCGCCGUCAAGGCUGGUUAUCGGCACAUCGAUUGCGCUCAGAUCUACGGCAAUGAAAAGGAGAUUGGUCUCGCCCUGAAAAAGGUGUUCGAUGAGGGCAUAGUCAAGCGGGAAGAUCUUUUCAUCACCUCCAAACUUUGGUGCACUAACCACGCGCCAGAGGACGUCCCGAUUGCCCUGGACAGCACACUCAAGGACCUGCAAAUCGACUACGUGGAUCUCUACCUCGUACACUGGGCGGUACGGAUGAAGAAGGGCUCCACCGGCGUCAGCCCAGAAAACGUCGUCCCGUCCGACAUACCGGCGACGUGGGCGGCGAUGGAGAGUCUCUACGACUCCAGCAACGGCAAGGCCCGCGCCAUCGGUGUCAGCAACUUCUCCACCAAGAAACUGGAGGACCUGCUCGUCAUUGCGCGAGUGACGCCGGCGGUGAACCAGGUGGAGUGCCACCCCGUCUGGCAGCAGGCCAAGCUCCGGGAACUCUGCGUCUCCAAACGGAUACACCUCUCGGCUUAUUCGCCGCUGGGCUCCCCGGGGCUGUUCAAGGCGGGCAACGUGCUGCAGCACCCGGUGGUGGUGUCGACGGCGGAGAAGCUGGGGAAGACGCCGGCGCAGGUGGCGCUGCGGUGGGGUAUCCAGACGGGGUACAGCGUGCUCCCCAAGAGCACCAACGAGGAGAGGAUCAGGGCCAACCUGGACGUCUACGACUGGUCCAUCCCCAGUGACCUCUUCGCCAGCUUCUCUGAGAUCGAACAGGUGAAGCUGAUCCGAGGGACGUUCUGGACUCACCCAGAAGGCGUGAUCAAAUCCGUCGAAGAGGUUUGGGAUGGGGAAAUAGUCUGGACCCGUACGGGUGAGCCGAUGCUUAAGCAUCCAUCGAUUGGCUUCUCUUGCAAGCGUCGAAGCAGAUACCUUUUGGACUUAAGCGUGUUGGCCAUGGCCCGUCACUUCGUUCUCAAUACCGGCGCCAAGAUCCCGUCGGUCGGCCUCGGCACCUGGCAGGCCGAGCCCGGCGUCGUCGGCGACGCCAUCUACCUCGCCGUCAAGGCUGGCUAUCGGCACAUCGAUUGCGCUCAAAUCUACGGGAAUGAAAAGGAGAUUGGGUUCGCUCUGAAGAAGGUUUUUGACGAGGGCAUAGUCAGUCGGAAAGAUCUUUUCAUCACCUCCAAGCUAUGGAACUCUAGCCACGCACCCGAGGACGUCCCGGUUGCACUGGACAGCACACUCCAAGACCUGCAAACGGACUACGUGGAUCUCUACCUUGUACACUGGCCUAUACGGCUGAAGAAAGGCUCCCGCUUCGGCCCAGAAAACGUUAUCCCGUCCGACAUACCAGCGACGUGGGCGGCGAUGGAGAGCCUCUACGACUCCGGCAAGGCCCGUGCCAUCGGCGUCAGCAACUUCUCCACCAAGAAGCUGGAGGAGCUGCUCGCCAUCGCGCGCGUGCCGCCGGCCGCCAACCAGGUGGAGUGUCACCCCGUCUGGCAGCAGGCCAAGCUCCGGGACCUCUGCACCUCCAAAGGGAUACACCUCUCGGCCUAUUCGCCGUUGGGCUCGCCGGCGAUGUUCAAGGCGGACAACGUGCUGCAGCACUCGGUGCUGGUGUCGACGGCGGAGAAGCUGGGGAAGACGCCGGCGCAGGUGGCGCUGCGGUGGGGGAUCCAGACGGGGUACAGCGUGCUCCCAAAGAGCACCAACGAGGAGAGGAUCAGGGGCAACCUCGACGUCUACGACUGGUCCAUCCCCAGCGACCUCUUCGCCAGCUUCUCUGAAAUCGAACAGGUGAAGCUGGUCCGAGGGGCGUUCUGGACACACCCGGAAGGCUUGCUCAAAUCCGUCGAAGAGGUUUGGGAUGGGGAAAUAGUCUAAACUACUUCGUCUGGGAAGUGUGUGACCUGACUGUACCUUGGCUAGACGCAUACACCAGAACGUUGCUAGGGCACAGAAUAACGAGUGUGUUCUCGGUGCACUGCUGGUCUGCUGCCCUUCCUCCAUUUUAGGCAGUCGAGUGAGCUUGAGCUUCGCCGCUGUCACAAUGUAGUAAUUUGCAAAAGUGACUUAGUUAAGUCCUGAAUCACUAUUCUAAGGUGGACACGUGGCUCGUUUCAAUGCUGACAUGUCGCAUGUUGGUUGCA